GGUUGGAGGAGAGCGGAUACACACCUGUUGAACCAGCGGUCUUCUGGUUUAAAUACAGUUUUAAUUCUUUUGUUGUUGUUUUCUCUGAGAGUCUCAGAGUCUGAGUCUUCAGGAUGACGGACACGCUUUUACCAAACGGCAUCAAAGACGGCCGAGGGGACAGCAGUUAUUUCAGAAAGGGUUGUAACCCGUUCGCCCAGACUGGACGAAGCAAACUGCAGAAUAAACGAGCCAGUCUGAACCAACAGAUCAUCAAGCAGAUGAGGAUGAGGGCCGGAGCUGAGAACCUGCUGAAGGCUACAUCAAACAACAAGGUUAAAGAGAUGGUUAUGUUGGAGCUGAGCUACGUUAACUCCAACCUGCAGCUGCUGAUGGGUCAGCUGGAAGGACUCAACAGCUCGGUGGAGGUCUACCAGAACACACAGGAAACCGCCAACAUCCCCCUCAUUGCUCUGGGUCUGAAGGAGACCAAAGACAUCGACUUCUCCACUUUUUUCAAGGACUUCAUCUUGGAGCACUACAGUGAAGAUGGAAACAGUUUUGAAGAUGAGAUUGCUGACCUGAUGGACCUGCGACAGGCUUGCAAAACACCAAGUCGUGACGAGGCCGGGGUGGAACUGCUGGCGAAGUACUCCAGCCAUCUUCCUCUGAUGGAGAGCCGAUUCUUCGCACCAAACCGCCAGACUGGCAUCUUCUUCACCUGGUACGACUCCUUCACAGGAGUGCCAGUAUGCCAACAGAACCUGUCACUGGAGAAGGCCAGCAUCCUCUUCAACAUGGCCGCCCUCUACUCACAGAUCGGUACCCGUAGCGACCGACAGACGAUAGCCGGCCUUGAGGAGGCCAUCUCUUCUUUCCAGAAAAGUGCAGGUAUCCUGAACCAACUGAAGGAAACAUACACCCACACUCCCAGCUACGACAUGAGCCCAGCCAUGCUCAGUAUGCUGAUUAGAAUGAUGCUUGCUCAGGCUCAGGAGUGCCUGUUUGAGAAGACUGCACUGCCUGGGAUCCGAAACCAGUUUCAUUCCCUGAUGAAAAUGGCUCAGGAGGCCGCCAAGGUCUCAGAAAUCUACGACCAAGUCCAUCAGUCAAUGAUCCAGACGCCAAUCAAAGACCAUGUACCGUUCUUCUGGUCCACCAUGUCACAAGUCAAAACCAACCACUACCGCUCCAUGGCACACUACUUUGUAGCCUCAGCUCUCCUGGACCACCAGUUGGGACUCAGUGAUGAUGAGGACCAACAGGAGAAGACCUUGUCGCAGGUCUAUGAUCGUCUUCCUGAGGGACGCUCUGCUCUGGACAUCCUGAAAAAGAAAGAGGAACGUGAACGCAUUGGUAAAGCACAUAUUCGUCGGGCCAUACUGGGUCAUGAAGAGGCUCUGAGGAUCUAUGGUUUGUGCCACCACUUGAACCAGCUGGAGAUUCUGGAGGACAUUUUAAGAGCCAGUCACCAGCGCUCGCUCAACAAGUACAGCGAGAAUGAAAAUGAGGAAGAGUUCACUGACUACACGGAGGCCCCAGACAUCAUCUCUAAAACAGAGCACAAAGCAGAGAUGGAGUUUCCAACAACCACAAAGGUGAAAGUCACAGACUUCUUCCAGAGGCUGGGCCCUCUGUCAGUCUUCUCAGCCAAACAGCGGUGGACAGCUCCACGGACAAUACAGCUUCGCCCAGAGGACAGAGACCUGGGCUUCACCCUGAAAGGAGAAUCACCAGUUCAGGUGGUUUCGUUGGACCCCCUCUGCCCAGCUGCUGCUGACGGUCUGAAAGAAGGAGACUACAUUGUUGUUGUGGGCGACACAGAUUGUAAAUGGAUGGGCGUGAGCGAUGUGAUGCGGUUGCUGAAGGAUGUGAAUGAGGAGGGGAUUGAAAUCCAAGUUGUCAGCAUUAUGGACAGCAACCCUCCAAUGCCUACCAAGAGUGCCACUUUCUGCGGAAACCUGCCUAAGACCUACUCCAUGAUUUGUCUGGCCUAUGAUGAUGACGACAAGAACCCCAAGUCCCGCAAGGUAACCAAGAAGUCAUCCUUCCUCAACUGGGGUCUGAAGAACCGUCUGAAGAGCGCCAGCACCCUCAGCCUUCCCACGGCCGACCACUCCGGUGCCCUUCCCUGGAACAAGCCCUGUCCCACAUUCCCCAGCUCCAGCUCCUACAACAAUGACAGUGCCCUCUACUGAGCUAGCUGCAGGCUUAUUAUUGUCUGCACGCAUCGUGCGGUAUGCAUAUCAGGCCAAAUAUGGCUGCAUACAGUACUGUGCUGUACCCAUACUGGACCUGCUAUGGUACGGUACCAGUGCCCUUUGGUGUUUCCACUGGAAUAAUGAGCUGUAUUGCAUGUAGCUUGUGUGUCACCACUGCAAUGAUGACAUGUCUGCCAGCUACCUUGCAAAGUGGUUGUGCCAAAUACUGUAUAUAGGUGCCUUUGUUGGUACACGGGCGCCUUCCGAGCACAAUUCAGUACCUGAAGUAAACUGGGCUGCACACCAAACAUUAUGGGAAUUCAUUCUGUACCAGUAUGCAUACAGCACAGUACAACUGCACUGUGGGAAAACAUACCAGUUAUCAUUCCACUCUUUAUACACUUAUAUACACAGCACUGAGACAGGCCUCUUAGUUAAACUGUCAUCUCAGCUCCAGAUGAAUUGAAAGACGAAAACAAAGUCGUGCAAACACACCCAUCCGUUUCUGCUUGACUGCAAAGGGGUAAUUUUAUUGUGGCUUAAGCAAUCCCUUGUUGGUUCCAUUGUGUAGUGAUGUAGCUGUGCAUUGUGCACUUAUGUGUAUUGUGCAUGUGAAGGAUUAGGUCAUUGCCACAAUAUUUAUUGCAGUCAGUGGAAACUGUUCAGUUUUGGGAUUUAAAUAUGUACGUUUUCUAAAUUGAUAUGUAGAUGUUAUGAAACUUGCUGCAGUACGUUAAACAGUGAUUGAGGGAAAAACAAAUUGUACUGCACUGCAGUUGUUUUUGGUCUGGGGAGAGUUGAUGAAUGCAAUGUUGUAUAAGCUGCUAAAAAAAUCAAAUAUAUACCUUGGUUAUGUAUUAUUGUCACUUUUGUAUUUGUGAGACCGCCUUUGAGGAUUAUUGUUUCUGCUGAGUGUCAUGCUUGGGACACAGUAUAAAAGGAAAUAUUGGUAUUUUGCUUAAUGUACCAGUUAUGCCACAGACCAAAAUGCCUCCAUGUCCUUCAGAUGCCAGGAUGUACCCUUUACCACCCUGACUCAUCUUACCCAUUCUGGCCCUCUUUUAUCAUUGCUGCUGCUGUACGGCAGUUUGCCCAUUCGUGAGAAGAGCAUGAGCUGAGUGUCUCUCUGUUAAUGUGAAUCAUGAUGUAGUUAAAGGUUAUUCUGUCUCCAGAAGGGAAGAACGUGGGCAGACCUAUGACAUUCCUGCAUCGUACCUGGACAGCAGGUGACCCAGCAGUGACGCUGAUCAAAGCCCACAGUCAGGUUUCUACGAUUUGUGUUAAUCCUAGUCACAACCCACAUCUUACUGACACUUUGCAGUGUUGGACUAUCUCUUUAUCUACAAAGUAGAUUCUUAUACACAUUUGAUAAUCAAAUUAUUUAUAUAAUAAAAAAAAAUACACACACACAAAAAAAAAAAAUAUAUAUAUAUAUAUAACUGUACUUUGUAGGUUUCAAAACUAGUGUGUGAAUGGUCAUGUUGUGAAUUUUUGCACGUUGGAUUUCUUGGUUGGUUUCUUGGAGGAAUGUAUUUUACGAGCCUUGCUUAAUCCUUUGGUGAAUUUAUAUACUGGUACGUUUUGUCUUUGUAAAGAUAUUUUUUAAAUGUAAAUGUUUUUAAACAGUAACACUGAGAAGAUGUAACACUCUUUACUGUCUCUGUUUACCUAAUAUGGUGUCUUAAAGUGCCAUUUAUGCUUAAUCAUGAAGGAAAAUGUCACAAUCUUAAAUGCCUUGGUCUAUAUGCAGAGGGUUAUGGUACCUGUUUCAGAUUGCCUUUGCUUCAGUCUCUGUAUGUUGUACUGCAUAGAAACUGCGGUUUGAAUGCUUUGUAAGUCUUGUGUCAUAUGUAUAAACUCAAAUCUCAAUAAAAGAGGGGACAAAACAAAUUUCCUGGAUUCUUUUUAACAGAUAUUUGUGGUUCUUGGUAUCUCCGUGAUUGAAAAUACCAAGCAGGUUGGGAAUGACUGGAAUGAAGUUUGAGCACAGCCCUCAGUGAGCCCACGCACACUAAGUCAACACUCACGAGUUUGUAACGUUAAGAGUCUGGCCUGGGAUCACAUGGCGUCCUAAUCUGCCAUCAUGCAAACAGAGAGAGAAACACCAUGUGAUUAAGAUUUACCCAUCAUUCCUUUAUUAUAUCAUUCAUGCUUUUUGUCUAAUAUCUAGGCACUUGUCUCUUUGUCGGGCCUUUUUCCAAAAUGAAAGUGCAUUUUAUUCCCAUAGAUUUGACCUUUUGAAAAUGAUUUCCCCUAAGGGUAAAUUCUUUUCAGGUUUUAGAUUUAUUUUAACAGGAAGAGUUAAUAUUGCAGUUACCAAAUAUGUUG